AAACAUAUUGGUUUGUUCGUAUACCUAACGAAUUUAUUCAAAGCAAUUUAACGACGUUCAAGUCAUUGAUUGGUUAAAAUGAAUUUCGUUGCAUUAUUUACAUGUGGAAUUUUGCAGUUUUGCCUCAUUCACUGUCAAGUUGUGAUAGCUAGUGAAAAAGUUAUGGAUCAAGAAUACGGAAAUGCGCAAAUCUAUGACUUGCUUGAACUAUUGGGGACAAAAAUCAAAGAACAGGAGAAAAAGUUAAGACUCUUAACAGAAAAUGACAGUCACCAAACGGAUCUCAUCAACAAAUUGAUGAAGAAGAAUAGGGAUCUUGAACAAUCGGUGAAUGAAAACAUAAAAGAAAUCAAUUAUACCUUAAAGACUGCUUGUAGAAGUCUAGCUGCAGUUUCAGAGAAAGUGUUGACAACGGUGCCUACAUCUGACACUAGGAACACAACAGUGUCCAAUAUCCCGCUGAAGAAAACCAUGCGCAUUCCCAAAUCCGACAAGGAAAGACAAAAUAGGGAAAAGGCAGAGGCAGAGAAGCUAGAUCGAACGUCCAGAAAUUUCUCGAGAUCCAAUGCUGAUCCAAUCAUCGUAUCCGAUUCGCCUGUUGCUUUUUAUGCAUACCUAAGCGCCAAUGAAAAAGUUCCUGGACCGCAUCAUAUAUUAACAUUUGAUUAUGCAAAAACAAAUAUUGGAGGCGCAUAUAAUCAUUUUAAUGGGAUGUUCACGGCACCCACGGAUGGAAUAUAUGCUUUCAGUUGGUCUAUAUACUGCACAUAUCGUUCAUGGGCCUUCACCGAAAUCGUGGUUAAUUCAGAUGCAGUGGGUAGCUCCCUUGCCGAUAGUAUCGGCGCUAAUGCUGACGAUACGUCGACUGGGUUUGUUAUCUUAGAACUUACUCACAGCGAUGUCGUGUAUAUUCGCACCAAUCCAGAUGUAGCUACGACAUAUGACAUAGUCAGUGAGGGGAGAUUCCGAACCAGUUUCAGUGGCUGGAAGUUGUAUUUAACUAUUUUACUAAAGGGCCCAUGCUACAAUAUUUUAAGAUCAUUUAAACUUGUUCAGCAUAUGUAA